CAUAGGACAGCCAGACGCCCACACCGCCGGCCGACUCCGUUGCGGCGUUGUCCCCUCCUCUCCAUCGCACUUUCCGACAGCAGCAUGCGCUUCUGGGGCUGCGGCCGAGGCGCCCGCCGCCGCCGCUAUGGAGGGAGCCGAGGGCCGCACGAUCGCGGAGGCGACGGGGGCGGAGGCGCACGAGCCGCGCUUCGCAGCGGUCGCCAAAGCUGCGCUGACGGCGGGCACCAAGGGCCGACCGACCGCGCCGCCGACGGACACCAAGACGCGGCGUUGCGCAGCAUUCGCCGAAACUGCGGCGACGGCGGGGACCAAGGCCAGACCUACCAAGACCGCGCCGGCGACGGACGCCAACCCGCGGCGUUGGGCAGAGGUGGCAGCCGCUGCGACUCGGUGAGGCCGCUUGCUGUGGCGGCAGAGCUCUCCGUCUCGACACCAGUACGCAACAAGGCCGGAACGUCUCUGUUUCCUUCAGCAAGCUGCAUCAAGCUGGGGGCUGAAGAGUUGGCCACCCAAGAAGGUAAAAAACGGAAGAUCAGCUUGCUAGGAUUUAUUGAGUAUAAAAGUGAACUGUGCAAGGAGCAGGUCGGAACAUUUCUGUUUCCCUCAGCAAGCUGCAGCAAGUUAGGAGCUAAAGAUUUACUUCCCCAAGGAGACAAAAGACAGAAGAUCACCCUGCCAGGAUGUAUUGAGGAUAAAAGUGAACUGUGCAAGAAGCAGUUACAAUUUACCAUCAAGGCUUGGAGUGGGACAUCAAUCUCAGUGCAAAGGGAUAUUGAUAGGACGACAGUACGUUCUCUGGUCGAAUCAGUCUGUCGAAAGUUUGGUGUUCCUGCCCUUGAUAGUUAUGCAGUUCUGGAGGGAAAACCUUUAGACAGUGAUGACUACUUGUCACACUACUCUAUAUCUCAGGAUUCAAAUGUUGAGAUUCGCUUGAGGCUGCGGGCUGGAAAGGCCAAGACAUUUGAUGAGAAGUUUGACAUUGAUGAAACUUUAAUGUUCUAUGAAGUCGUAUUGCCUCCUGUUCUGAUAAAACAAGGUGAAGCAGUCCCAAUAACAUCUGUGAAACUCUUUUCAUAUUUGUCUACAUGCUAUUUGCAUGAGAUACUGAAAUUCGUCACUGGGAAUCACCGUAAGGGCUGGAGUUUUAACGGCGCUUUUGACAGCAGCGAUAUCUUAUUCGUUCAAGGCCGAGUUUUUAUCGGAAGUGUUAAAGUACCAUUUGAUGCUGAUUCAUGUGCUAAAGAUUAUUACAAGCUUUAUGAAAUAUUCUCUGCCAAGUUCUCACAAUAUGGUUAUCCAAUCUAUUUCUCGCACCUGCUUGAAUAUCUGCGCACAUGUCCUGCUAAGGGUUCCUCAAACACUGAAGCAAUUAUUGGUUUUGUCACCAACCAUCCAUGCCUUGAACCGUAUCAAGAUAGAAUGAAGAAAGUAAUGGUGCUGGACAAUAUCAUUCAUAGACUUUCUGAAACAGAGUUGCAAAAUUUAAUUGCUGCUCUAGGAACUCGCAAGAAUUGGGCAAGGAAGUAUUUGCAUGGUGUGCCAGAGAUGGAUGGUAUUUAUUAUUUCUUCAAUACUGUGAGAGCUGAUGGAACUGUUGAUGUGAAUCCUCUUUAUGAAGACAAUCCAAUGGGUUGCCUUCACUAUUCAAACAAUUAUAUGAAACAUGCUACUAAUCAGGUUGACGCUGAAACUCUGGAGGCAGCAUAUUGUCUACACUUUGAUGAAUUUUUUCCUGAUACAUUGCUGAAUAUGGCUCUUAAGCUUCCCCAGAAUGAAUGGGUCAUCGCACUGAUUUGCAAUAGGUUAGCUGACAAGAGGGAGAAAGAGAGGGAAAACUAGUUCAAUUCUUGUGUGCGCAGUCAACAUUUUACUGGGUGCUUUGAGAUUUGGAUGUAAUCACAUCAGGGAUUCUGCAUAGGCCCUAUGAAGAAGUGUAAACGGAAGGUCUUUCUUUUGGGAGCACUCUGGACCAUUCAAGUUUUGGAGCUAUGUUUCUCGCCUUUCUGGCUGUAGUAUCAGUAGCUUGUUGCUCAUGCUGCUACUCAGGCCCAUCAUCCUAUUUAUUUGUGUUUCUUCCUUUUGCGCUAUUACAUUAUCUUUGCUGGGUCGUGAGUCUGAUCCUUAAAGUUCGGCACUGCUGUGCUGAGUCGUAUGACCUUUACAAAUUACAAUAGUUUUCUGUUGUACCUAUACAUCCUGUAUUGUCAUUGCCAUGAGCGAUGUCUGUGGAAACAAACCACGCAUGUUCAACCAAACAUUUAUUUUCCUCU